CCUGACCCCCUUGGGAUGAUGUCAAGAUCCAAAUAUUGAGAGAUUCCUCUGCCCAAAUUAAUCUGCACGUGAGACCAUGUGGUGUCAAUAAUUCUGAUUUUAUUUAACACUAAAUGGGAGGUAAAAGAAAGAAAUAGAAAAGAGAUGAGAGAGAUGAAGCAGAAGAUAUUUGUCAUCAACAUUUUAGGGAAUCCUUACAAGGAGAAAGCAAAACCAAACCCAAAUGUGACACUGGCUCCUAUUAAAGCAUUUUUGGUGCAUUCCCCUGUUAUUGGCUGCUCUUCCCAAAUUCCUUCCAUUCUCCCCUGGCUGUGCUUGCAUUUCCCCGUGCUGCAAUCCCCAUUUCAGAGGAGUUCCCUCCCUCCAUCCUCCCCACGAGCGGUGCCAGAUCACUGCUCUGAGAGGGGAAAACACUGAAAAUGAACUAAAAACCUUCCUGGACUCCAAGCAGAAUUCCUUAGCAGGAUCUGAAGGAAGCUGUGGGAGUGAAGAGGGAGCCAGGCACCGUUCCAGAGCAGCGUGACACAAAUUCCACGUGGGAUCAGCAGAACACUCGGAGAGGCAGUGGGAGUCCGGUUGCUGAAAUCUGGAAUUUUCCAUCAAAAUUGACCCUGCAUCCAACUAAACCUCACCUGAAGGCUCCUGAGCUCCCAGCUCCCGUCACAGCAGAAAAGGACAGAAAAGUGUUCUCUGUUCCACAAGAAAAGGAGACUGAAAACCUCUUUUUUUCCAAGGAUGGUGGAGAAAAACAAUCCUGUUCCAGCUGGAGACUCAAGGACAAUCUCUUCAAACUCCAGGCCCAAAGCACAAACAAGGCUUUGCAAGGUCUCCACCUGAUAUAUUGGAAGUGGUAACAAACUCUUGAGAUGGAUUUUUGAAAUCUUUAGACCUCUGACCAGGCUUGCAGUGAUGACACAGAGUCUGUGCAGGUUGAACUUGGUUUUCAUCCUGUGGAUUUCCAUGACAUUGGUGUGCUCGGGUUUCCCAGUUGGCCCUUCCAUGAGCACCAACCCUUUUUAUUUGACCUGCCAGCUGUAUGGGCAAUGGGAUUCGUGCCUGGUGCUGCUGAGCAGCUGCCUCUCCAAGGUGGGCAGGGGUGAGGAGCUGCCUCUUGGGAAGCCUCUCCCGGAGUCCCCUCUCCACAAAAGGUCCUUCCGCAACGGCGUCGGAGCGGGAAUUAAAAAAACUUCCUUCCGAAGGGCAAAGUCCUGAGCAAAUGCCCCAAAGCCCGGCCCAAGUUUUGACAUUUGAUGUCCAAAGUUCUUGCUUUGAGUUCCUUUUGAUGCUUUUCUCUGUGGAAGCCACCUCUGACAGAGUCCCCAGGUGUCGUUUUCCGAGCGCCGCGAGCCGAGCGGAGCAGAUGGAGCAGCAAAAUUCCAUGCAGAUUCCAAAUUCUUGGCUCGGGAAGGGCUUUGUUCCCAAAGUUACAGUGGCAUCAAGUUUUGUCUCGAAAUCAGUGUUUUCAUUUGCUUAAUUUCCCUCCUUUGCCAGGCUGCAGGUUUUAAUCGAGCUGUUCUUUGAUUAGUACAGAGAUAAUCCCGUGCUUUGAGGAGAUGUGUGCACACAGCCUGUGGGGAGGACGGAGUAUUCCCAAAAUCCCUCCUCUCUGCCAGGCAUGAGGCAUUGCUGUGCUUUCCCAUCCCAAAUCACAUUUACUUGAAGACAACUGGUAAUUUUAAUACAGAUUUAAAGUAUCCUUCAUUUCAGGUUUCAAGUGAUAUGAAGGGCCACUGGUGAAAGAAUCAGGCCUUACUUGUAACUUCCACUGGCGUUUUAAUAUAGUUAUUUAAAAUUACUUUCACAGGAAAUAGUCUCUGGAGAUGUCUCAUCUCAUAUCCAGAAGAAUCCUGGGAAAUCACUCUAAGGCAGGGUAUCAGCACUGCUCCCUGUGCCUCAAUUAAUUGACUUAGGUAGGCAACACCCAGCUGAUGAAAUGUGCCAAAUCUGGGAAUUUUUUUUUAAUUUCCUGUUGGAAAAAAAAAAUAAAACAAGGAAAAAGUAAUUUGAUGUGAAAUAUGUAAAUGUGGUGUGGAGGAAAGGUCACCUGCUGAGUUACACACGUGUGAGUUCUACUUGUGGCCGUGUCCCCUGAGUGUAACAAGCUGUGCCCUUGGCUUGAAAAUGUGGCAGAGUGUCUCUGCAAUGCCUUUUGCAGUCAAAGCUGUGAUAUUAAUUAUAAUAAAUCACUCUAUGGAUGUUUUCUAAUAUUUCCCUGUUAAAUAUCAUAGUUUGGUCAUCAUUUUUAACCCUACAAUGAGGUGGUUUGGUGUCAUCACCUCUGUGAUGCCCUCCCUGAGCUCAUGGGGGAAAGUGAGCCCAGCAUGGAGCUGUG